AUGAAGAAUGGGAAGGCGGUCGGCCCAGAUGGAAUACCAGUAGAAGUGUGGAAGUUGCUGAGGGCGGAUGGAUGGAAGUGGUUGAGUUUAUUUUUCGGUAAAUUGUUGCAGGAAGAACAAAUACCUGAGGAAUGGUGCAGUAGUAUACUGGUUCCCAUUUUUAAAAACAAAGGAGACGUUCAAAACUGCAGCAGUUACCGGGGAAUAAAGCUCAUGUCACAUACGAUGAAAGUCUGGGAAAGAGUAAUAGAGAGAAGAAUGAGAGAAGAGUGUGAGAUAACACAAAACCAGUUCGGAUUCAUGCCCGGUCGAGGUACGACAGAUGCCUUUUUCGCAUUACGCCAAUUGUGCGAAAAGUACAAGCGCGUGCAUAAAGAUCUGCACAUGGUUUUUGUCGACCUUGAAAAGGCGUACGAUCGGGUUCCCCGUUAG